AUAGCGAAACACCAAACGUAUUUAUAAAAGCCAAACACGUCUGUUCCGCACACCUAGUGACUUACCGAACAUCCACCAUGAACCACUACUUUUGGGCAUCGUCGUUGUUGCUCUUCGCCGUCGUCCAGUACCCGGCCGUCGCGUUCAAGAUACCAGGGUUGUCGUCUGGCAGCAGCAGCAGCAGCAUUAACCGGACGCCACCUGUCAGAGGACCCGCGGCCAAUGCUGGUGGCCACAGGGGACCGGAAUCCGAGUACAUGGGGCCGGUGUUCAUAAUCAGAGAGCUGGACAAGGACAAGGGAGAGUACGACGCGUUCGUGACGACCGGCGGCAUACAGGAGGUGAGGCCGCCGCCGAUGAGCGACAGGUCGCUGCCGCCGCAGAAUGGCAAGCCGUCCGCGGCCAGGGACGACGAGGACGCCGAGCACUUUGGCGUGCUGGUCACUCCCGAAACGGUCAAGCGGCUGGACCGCGACGAGAAGCUGAGGGCGUCGUCUAUCAACGUGACCAUGGCAGUGCUCCUGUCGGCCGCCUCGUCGCGGAUGCCCUGGCUGUUGGUCCUGCACCGCAAACAGUAUCCGCACCUGUUCGAGUACCAGCAACAGCAGCCCCAGCACCAGUACCAGGUGCACCCGUCGCAACAACAGCAGCACCAGCCUCACCAGCAACAGCAGCCACAACAGUACCAGCAACAGCAGCAGCAGCAGCACCAGCAACAGCAGUACCUUCAGCCAGCGCAGUCCGACUCGGUUCAGGUCGACAGCGGCGUGCCGGGGCUCCAGCACCCGCAAAUCCCGCAACGCCGUCGGUACCAGAUGGACAGGCAGCGCCGCGCCAUUCUGUACUCGACACCCGACGACAGCCGAGCGCCGCUUACGAUGGCGUUUGAGCAACAACUGCUGUCCACCAUGUGCUACAACUUCGUCCGGGACUACUAUUCGUCGCCAAAAACUUCAUCCGCCGAACAGUCGCCCAGGCUACCGAUCGCCCUGGUCGACGCCGAUUACGGCCGCGGCGAGGACCGACGAGAGCGGGAACCGGAACCGGAACAGUACGCCCGGUAUCAGCCAGACGUCUACUUGGACGCAGACGCUUAUGCGGCCGCGGCCACAGCCCCUUCCGGCCGCGAGCAACAAUCGCCGCCGCAGCCGCAACCUCAGCUGCCGCAGACAUCGUCCACGGUCCGGCCGGAAGAACAGUCCGACGGCAUAGUCGUCGGCAUGGAGAUCCCCAAACGCGUUUCCUAGAUUCGGACCGCCGACCGCGGUGGCGCAACGCGUCUUUAUUAGUUUAUGAUUUUCUGUUUUUCCUCGUCGCCAGUAGCUUAGCUCACAGUUUUCCGCCGGAACUCGCCUCAUCGAUACGCUUGCCGUCCAGACUCGACCGCUGUGCGUCCACAUAUUAUCAGCUGUUUUUCGCUUAUUUUUUCCUAUUUCAUUAUUUGUCGCGUUACGAUCGAUAACUAUUGUACUAUUGUAUCGCCGUUCGUUGUUGUCGACAAUAUUAUUAAUUUCAUAUUAUAUUCCAAUAGAUGUUUAACGCGCGAAUGUAAUAUUAUAUUAUAACUAUUAAACACCGUAAAUAAAAACUUCUUUAAUAUUA